ACAGACUGUUGUUAGGACGUUACAGUAGCUCGAUUACCUCAACUAUUUUAUCUCGUGUCAUACAAGUUAUUCUGGCCUAUCCUGCCCGACUCAAUCGCCAAUCUUUUACGUUUUUUUCGUUUUCACAUUGCUCGUAGUCCCGACACACUACUAACGAUGGCUUAUUUCACGCGCAGUCACCGUAGCGAGAGCACGACACCAGAACUUUGUCCGUCUUCAUCUGACUCUGAGCACCGUCAUCAACCAUUAAACGUCGAUUCUAUUCAAGAGAAGCACACCGCCAUGUCUGCUGAUUCGGAAACCAUUGUUAAGGUGAAUCGUCCCAACGACACACAGCUGCCAACCGACGACUCCGCUGCUAGUCGUUCACCGCCGCCAACGGCGAUGCUCGAAGGAGACGAUUCAAUGAAUAUUCUCAAUCAGACCAUUAAAAUUGAAAAUCUUGAUGAAGAAACUGUGGAUAUGGAAUUUUUGGACGAUAGUUUUGAUGAUGAAACACGCAUUUUAAAUGCAGAAGCUUCAAACGUUGGUUUUUAUAAUGGAUUUGAACUAGAAGCCAUUCUUGGAAUCACGCAGAGAAACGAAAAACAAUUGUUUUUAGUUAAAUGGAAAAAUCGAAUAACCUCAGAUUUGGUGGAAGCAAAAUUAAUACAUGAAAAAUAUCCUCAAAUGGCUAUUAGAUAUUACGAAAGCAUAUACUGUUUUGACAAAAACGAGGAUUAAUUUGUUAUACAUAUGUAUAAGCAAAUAUUAUUUUUUAACAUACGAGUAUUUAGAUAUUUUUUUUAUAUUAUUUUUUUUAUUUUAAC